UAUUUAAAGCAUAUUUGGGUUAAUUCUACGGAAGGCUGAUCCGGUCUAAACUGUCAAUAAGUAAAUAAAUUAUAGGAAAUAAAACUAUUACAAAAAAUGCUGAAUAAGUAAAUACAUAAUCAAAAAUAAGUUCCUGGAUCUGCCUGGCAACUUGUGUUGUCCAUCAAUAAUAAGUUUUCUACGGCUAGAAAUGAGAAGUAAAAAUGAACACAAUUAAUAAUCUAAUAUGGUUAAAAAAAUAUUUUAUAUCUAUAUAUAUUUUUUGUCCAAUUUAGUCGAUUGGAGCCGGGAAGAAGCUAAGCAAACCCCGCAGAUGCUUUGAGACCUCCAUGCCACUAGGGGGCCAGGAAGAAGCAGCAGCACUCUGUCUUUCAGCAACAAGUCAUCAAUUAAGAAAAACAACAGAAGCACAAUGAAGCUCAUGCACCAGUAAUCACAUGUUGGGUUUAUAGAUGAAUACUUUGAGUAGAAGCAGUAGUUUUGAACAACGUUAUGCAUAAAAAGUGGCGUUCAAUGACCUCAGGAAAUUUCGCCAUUUGGAAGGUAUUCGUAUAAAGAUGUAAAAAGGCGAAUUCGACUUAUUUAACAAAAGUCGUAAACUGACACUUUGUGCGACUUUUCAGCCGUGAUCAAAUUUGGCACUUUUCUCUUUCCAUACAGGUUGAGUGCGCGUGCGCGUUGCUCCGUGGGAAAGCUCCGGCAGCAGAGGAAGAGGAGGAGGAUGAAGAGAGGGGAGGUCAGCCCAGUCCGCCGCCGACACGCAGGCUCCCGCCGCGGGGUAUUUACCGGAGACACUCCGCUGGAAGAUCCGCUCCGGAUCCGAGAGGAGAGGAGAUUCCCGACUCUGGAAAACUCCCGGGACUCUGACGGGUUCGGGUGGUCCAAACCCGGCAUGCCGGCUCCGGGUCUCCGCCGGCUCUGACCCGGCUCUCCCCGGGGACUCCCGCCAGCUCUCCCCGCCGCCGGGCGCCAUGAAGCGGCCGGGUGAGGACAGCAGCCCGGCGGGCCGUGAGAGGCUUCCUGCGGGGGAUCCGGUGGGACGCGCGUCCCCAGCGGCGCGGCUGAUGGCGAGGAGGCGGCACAGAGGGGUCAUCGAGAAGCGGCGCAGGGAUCGGAUCAACAGCUGCCUGUCGGAGCUGCGGCGACUCGUCCCGACGGCCUGGGAGAAGCAGGGCGGCGCUAAGCUGGAGAAGGCCGAGAUCCUGCAGAUGACCGUGGAGCACCUGAGGACGCUGCAGGCGGGAGGGACAGGUAACCACGGCGACGCAGAGACAGCUGCAGCAGGUGGAGGGACAGGUCAGCAGGAAGUGCUGGCGCUGGACUUCCUGUCUCUGGGCUUCAGGGAGUGUGUGAGCGAAGCGUCCUGCUACCUGAGCGCCGUGGAGCCCCGGGACUCCUGCGACGCGCUGCGGCGCCGCCUAUUGGCCCACCUCAGCUACUGCGCGGCCCAGCGGGACGCCGCCGCCAUGACGGCCCGCCUGCAGCCCCGCCCUCCCCCUUACAGCCACUGGGUGGCGGCGCUGCGCCCGGACGGCGCCCCCCAGAGGCCGGUGGAGCUGCUGCAGCACAGCGCGACCUCCAGCUCACCUUCCUCCUCCCUGCUGCCCCCCCCUCUCCCCGCACCCCUCUUCUCCUUCUCCGCCUCCUUCCCCAUCGCUCUGCCCUUCCUCCCCUCCUCCUCUUCCUCACAGCCCCCCCACCGACCCUGGAGCUCUGAGGUGGGGGCCUUAUGACCUCUGACCCCGGCAGCACUUCCUGUCCAUGUCUGAGGGUCGACCCGCCAUUCUGCAGAACCGGAACCAGAACCAGAACCAGAACCAGAACCAGAACCAGAACCGCCUUCACAUCCGUUUCACUGUUUAUCUGUUUCCAGCUGGGAUGUGAAAUUUCUCCUGAUAAAUUUCUGAACCAAAAUUCUGCGACGGAGAAUCAGAACCAGCUGAGAAAAAGUUUAAAUCCAGAGAAGAAAGUCGACACAAAGAAACUAAA